AUGAAGAUUGGGUACAUAAUUACCGCCACAGCGCUUGCUGUAAUCACUGCAUCUAAGCCGCACCACAUGCACCGCCACUCUCAUGCUCACGAUCCGGUCAAGCGCGGUAUCAUCUUCGCACCUGCAGCAAUCGAGACUCAUAUCGUAUACUGGCUCGAUGAUCAUUCAAUCACAGAGGAAGAGGCCCGUGAGGGUAUCGCUAACGGCACUUUGACGUGGGGCAAUGAUGGUGUCCUGUCGACAUCGACUAGUAGUCCUGUCGCAUUGCCUACUCUGCCUUCAGCUUCCAAGCAGCAAGUCCCAGCCGCCAAUCCGACACCGGAACCCACACCUAAGAAGGCUGCCCAACAGCCCGAGCCUGUUGCGCCCGAAACCCAGAAGCCCGCGCCAUCACCAGAAAUGCCCUCAAGCGACCCUACACCGAGUCCCACCCAGGAUACGACACCUGUACAGCAAUCUGGCACUCCACGUCCCUGGAUAGACAUGGUCGAUAAAGACGGUCACUGUGCCGAGUGCGACAAAGAAUUCCCGAACGGCAAGAUACGUUGCACAGAGUUCCCUUACGGAUAUGGCGCCUUGCCUAUCGCCCAUGAGGGACUGGGAGGCUGGUCCGGUAUCCAAGAUUCCCAAUAUUCCGGAGGGGAUGGCUUCGAUGACAUCACAACCGUUCCGAAAGGUUCAUGUUCGGACGGUACCUGCUGCACGUCUGGUAGCUUCUGUUCCUAUGGCUGCCCGAACCCUUACCUCAAGGCUUCGUUCCCCUCGAUUCAAGGUAGGGCGGGUCAGAGUGUUGGUGGCUUGUACUGCAAUGAAGACGGGUUUCUGGAGAUGGCCGACGGUAAGAUCGCGAAUACCCUUUGCGUUCAAGGCUCAAAGCACAUGGGCGUGAUAGUGCAGAACAAACUCUCGAAGUCUGUCUCUUUCUGUCGUACAGACUAUCCCGGGACUGAGUCCAUGACCUUCCCAGUCACGGUCGGCCCUGGUGAGACCGGCUUUCUAGCCAAUCCCGACCAACAAAAGUACUUCUUUUGGCAAGGCAAGAAAACUUCAGCUCAGUACUACAUCAACAAACAGGGCGUGCCCGAAGAGGAAGCCUGUACAUGGGGUACAGAAAUGGGAGGCAAGGGCAAUUGGGCGCCGGCGGUCUUCGGAACAUCCUUCGAUGACGGCCCAAUGCAGGAAGGUUUCUCCAGCUUGAAACAAAACGAGCUAUGCAAGAAGGAGCGAAUCGGCUACGACAUCACCUUCAUUGGCGAUGGCGUCGUGUCUCCUUGCAGGUACAAAAGCGCCACAAACCAGUGGUGUCAAGCCGACAAGUGCUGGGAAGACCCAGAUCGCGGCUGCACCGCCGCUACUAUGCAUGGCGAUCUCACAGUUGUGCUAUCAGAUGGCUAGCAUGCCCGUCUUUAGUCCCGCGUCGAACGCAUGUACCCCGCUGUCUUGUCACUUUUCUUGGUCGGUCUCUACUAGAUCUUCGGCUCUCACGACACUGUUUUUACUAUUUUCCACUUCCACUUCAGCCUAUACCAGCAGGCUCAUGUAUUCCUGGUCAAUACCUUCACAAUGUCGAAGGCCCGGCGGACUGCGGCAACGAUCUCGACGGAGCUUUUGGAGGAGGGUUCGAAUUUCUUGAACGGAUUACCAAUUACCCUUUCUUCGGAUAUGUAUUUUCUCUUCUGUUAGCAAUAGUAUGGAGAUCUUUAUGAGCGACGAGCCAUGUGCUAGUUCAUGAAGGACAGUCUCUGGACUUAUGGCCUGACAGGGGCUUCCGCUUCGUUGGAGCCAGGGCUUCUUAAAUUCCAUUUCUGAUGGUCAUACUCUAUGCAAGUUCAAGAACAGCGACGGACGUGAAACGAACAAUAUUCCGACA